AAGCCUUAGUUAAACUCUGCAUUAUCUUCGCGCUACAGAAGACCCAUAUAUUCAGAAAAUAUGUCUGAAAUCGAGUAUUAUGACCUUAUAUUUGAGAUAAGUACGAAAAUUGACGUAAACCAAUUAGAAAGAUUGAUUUUUAUGUGCACAAAGAAGAUCUCAGAAGGCAGUGAAGGAACUAUAACAAGUGCACGCGGAUUAUUUAAAGAACUUGAGAAACAAGGUUACCUCGGAAUCGACCGGUUAGAAAAUUUAAAAGAGAUUUUGAAACAGUUGAAGAAGCGAGCCAUGCUCAAGAAGGUGGAAGAGUUUGAGAUCAAGAGAAGAGGUACCCAAUUAAAUAUAAUGCUAGUCAUAUUGAUUUGUUUUGAGGUCAGUUCAGCGAAGGAAAUUUUAAAAGCCGGAAGUGCCUUGGUGCUCGAGAAGUUCAAUUUAAGGCUUAGAGUUUCUUCAUUUGUUGCAUAGGAAAUGAUUUCUUGUUAAGAAGGACUAUGUAUCAUAUUAAUUUGAUAAUUUCGUCUAGCAGUUAUUGCUUUGGAAUGUUAAGUUUCCAUGUUGCCACUAUUAAGAAUCUUUUGUUAUCAUGACUUUAGAAAACCUCACGAUUCCUUAAAAUUUCAGCUCAGUCAGUUGGCAUCAUUGCUUCAUUUAAGCAGGCUGCUGUCAAUUUGAAAGGAGGUAAGGUGUAAAAAGGCGAGGUUCUUGUGCAUUUAAAAUAUUUAGGGCAAACAGACAUAGGCCGGAUGCUGAACACCAGUAACAGAAAUGUUAGAUAAAAUUAGAUAGUAUUUGUAAUGGUGUAAGAAUCAGUGCGUAGCCUGUCAUGCAUUAUGACAUAAUUUUAUUAGAGUAUUUUUGUGUGCUAAGCAAUUAAGUCAACUCUCAUAAGCCCCAGUUCAUCUAAUGUAAGUUCCAAAUAGCCAGAAACAAGGAUAACCAGGGAUACAGGCAAAAAUACAUGACUAAUCUUUCCAACCUCUCUUCUAAACUUUCCAUUUUGGAUGAGUACCAAAUAGUAUAAUUCUUUCAAUGCUCACAAGCUUUCAAAAUUUGGCUUCUGCUUGAUGUACUGACAAAAUUUGAAAUUAUUUUUAUAUGCCCAAGAUUACAAUAUUCUAGCUACUAUGCAUGGAUGCAUACCCAGAUCAAUUGCUCAAAAUGCAUUUUUACAUAUUAAAUUAGUUUAACCUGACAAGGCACUAAUCUGGAAGCUUUAGAGAGAGAAUUAAUUAGGAUUUGUGCUUGUGGAAAAUUUGCCAUCUAUGUAAUGCUGUGAUAUUAUCUCUAGCUUUCAAUCACAACUGGAAAAUUAUAUUUAAGAAAUGCAGAUUUUUGUCAAUAUUUCCAGAGGUUCCCUUCCUUCCUUCCUCCAUUCAUUCUCAUGGUGCUAGUCAAGUGAAAUGACUCUUUUUUUUUCUGGUAGGUUAGGGUUGGGUGUGUGUGUGCCUGUGGGUGUGGGCGCGCGCACGUGUGUGUGUGUGUGUGUGUGUGUGUCUGAGGGGGUGGGGGUGGUAGGCAGCUUUUCAGCUAAACUGAGCUUGAAAAUAAUUAUAGCCAUAGAAUUGUAUAAAAUUCAUAGCAUUGUAUAAAAUUUUAGAAUUGGCUUAAAUGAUGUUGGAUAUAUAGUUUGUUACCAGUUUGGACACCAGGCCUUGUUUGAAAGACAUACACAAAUGGCCUUCAGCCUGUAGUUGUCUAUUGUUAAUGUGGUGCAGUGACUUUAAAAUCUGCCACAUUUAUUAUUUUCAGUGGGUUUUUGUUAAGAUUUUCAUACCUGGCAUUACACAGUGUUCAAAAGUAUUCCAGUCCAGUCAUGUCAAUUGAAUUAAUUUGCAUUCUGAGAACAAACCAAAAGAUUGUGUACAGGCUGAAACUCCUAUCACCACUGUGAAUUAUUUUAUCUUUGAGUUUUAGCCAGCUUCAAAUUAACUUAUCAUUAUUCUCCUCCACAAAACAAACACUGUUGGCAGCUAACUAAGAUUUUAGCAAUGAAGACUAAUGCAUAUUAUAUAGAAUUUACCUUUGGACACUGAUUCUUGGCCCUUAGUUGGUAUUUUACAACCACAAUACAAAUUAAGUUAAGCUCUAUGUUACUGACUUCUUAGUGAUCAGGUGAUUAUGGUUUGUGUAAUCAGGGACCGUGCAGCAAGUUUUUGACUGGGGGGGGCUAACGAAGAACGAGUGAAGGAAAAUUUUUUUGUUAAAUUAUUUUUUGUUUAAUUUAUUUUUAUUCUUGCAAAAAAGUGGGGGUGGGCUAAAUAAAAAUUGAUAAAUUUUGUUUCUAUACACACACUGAAAAACUGUUAGAAACUCUAACUGUCUCAAAAACAAUAUUCUUACCUUUAAGUGUUUGUAGAAGAGAAGUUUAUUAUUGAUUCAGACUAAUUAAUUUCUUACUAUUAAAAAAAUCUGCAGUUGUAAAGAAGCUAUUUGCAAUUUUGAGUGUAUUCAAAAUUAGUCAAUGUAAUUGUAUUUUUAAUGUCUUAAAAUAACUCAAACAAGGCUGUAAUUCUUCUGUAACUGAUAUUGUGAAAAUUUCUGGAGUAGUGUGUGGUUGCAUUUGGUGUGUGUAUGUGUGGAGUGGGUGAGUGUGUGGAGGGGGGAGGGGGCAGCAUUGUGGCACAAUUUUAUCUCAGAGAAAUUGUUUUUUUAGAAAAAUUGGUAUGCGUUUGUUGCAUGUUUCUUUUGAUGAGAUAUACUGUAAUGUGAUUACUUAAGAUCAAAAAUGACUUGUUUCAAUAGUGAUCAAGAUGGUUUGUAAUUUUUGCACAAUUGGUGGUGCUCUCUUGGUAGUUAGUAGUGGCAUGGCUCUCCGUGGCUGCACAACUCUUGAUGAGUUUGUGGAGACCUCCAACAAAGUUGUGCUGGUUGCAUACACCAAACUGGUUGAGAUCAGUGAGGGAUCUCUGUGCUUCACAGUACAAGCAGAGACGCCAGCAGCUCUAAAGGAAUUAUGGAACACCUACAAAGAUGGAACAUUACAGAGACGUCUUCAAGAAUUUCUAGUUACUGAUGACAUCAAACAGUUGACAGAUGCGAAAGACAUUGAGCUGGCUGUUUUUAUCGAUGAGCAAGAGUAUGUGAUUUCAUUUAAUUUUCUGCAAAAUCAAGGUAUGGUAACAUAUGUACAGAUGCUUGUUUAAUAGAAGUUUGGACAAAUGUAACGUUGAACGGGAAAAGCUUCUACAAUAGGGUUAAAAUUCCUUGGGGAAAGUUGUUGAAAACACAUCCUAUACCCAUAUAUUUUAACAGAUUAAUUCUUGCGUGUACAUAGAACCUGCCCUCCCCCCUCGAACAAUGUUGGUAAAAUUAAACAAUCACCACGUCUUGGUCAAGUUUACAGAGCGCAAUUCGACAUUCUUUGGGUGAGAGGGGGAAGGAUUUGAUUUUAGUAAUUUUGUGUUAAGUGUCCCAAGACUUUUAACCUCCUUUUUAGGUCAAACACUGAGGAACAUGUUUCAUCAAGGUGAUUCUGAGUCCGUUUGCAACUAUGAGUUAUAAAAAUGAUGAUGGGAAGCUAAUUCUCAACUGAAACAAGCAAUCAGCCUGUUUUAAAAAGAAAGAACAUACGGUUACCCAGAAGUGAUCUCGAUAUCUUGCAUUAAACAAUGAUUGCUGCGUCUGACAAUCCAGCAAGAUAGGUUGAUCUUAGCUUAAUCCUCUUGCUUAUUGUAUCCUUCCGGCAGUGCCUGAUAUGAAAGUAGAGCAGUUUCGAAGGAAAUCUGACUCCUUCGUUCACAUCAGUUCAAAUCAGAGAGAGAUUGCUAUGAUGAAGCUGACACAAGCAGAAAACCAGUUGAGCUUUGAAAGACAAGUUCAUGGAGAGGAAAUAAAGAAACUCAAGGAGAAGAUUAUCCUGGCAAGGGGAGAGCCGAGGGGUAGGAUUGAUUAAGCUCUACAUUUUGUACGUAUCCUAUGCUCUGGCUGGGAUUAGUUAUGGGACAAUGUGAAGGUUAUAUUUUACAACACAUUUAUAUGGGAUAGAGCCUGGCAAUCAGCUGGGUUUUGUCUGGAGUAGAGUAUAACUCAAUUGAAAAAGUAAAGAAUGUCUCAGAAGAAAGGUAUCUUUUAUAUUUUCAGAUCAAUCUGGCAUGCUUCGUAUAGUUUAUACUACAACCAAAUACUAAAGCACCAAGAAUGCAUGCUGAUAAUUUUAUUCCCUUCGUUCAUCGCCUGUCUCGGUUCAAAGAAGUCAGGGAUAUUUUUCCGCUCGUUUUCGAUGCAACCUAACAAAUUGGUUUUACUUUUAAAAAUUCUCUUGUUUAUCUUUUAUACAGCAUAAAUUUUUCCACUGUAGUGAGUUAAUGUUGUUAAAUAAAUGCUUCCUGGAGAAAAAGGGGUAGAAGAUACCGCAAGCAGUUCUUUAAGUAGAAUUCAGUCAGAAGUUAGAUUAAUCGAAAACGAAAGAGGAUGAAAUGUGACGCAGAGUAGAGUACAUAUAGAACCAACCUUGUAAGCAAACUGGAAAGUUGUUUGCACGUGAAUAGCUGAUCAGUGCUGUUGCUCUUUCUCAGGACCAUGACUUUCUAAACAAUUUGUUAUCCUGCUGUCUUGGUGUUCAAUUUUUCGAAGAAAACAAGAAACAGGACCAUCGUAGCAAAUAUGUUAAAUGGUUUGGGAAAUAAGUACGGACUAUAGUACUUUUAUCGUAUUUGAAAAGCGAUGAUGUGUUGUAUUCUUUUCUCUUUCGCGAUCUUGUCUUGUAACACUAAACAGAUUAUUGACCAUACUUCUUCGGCGUAACGCGUUCUGAUGAACACGAGUAUAACGAAGCCUAUUUAAAUUUAUUUUUACCUCGUCAAGGUAUGAUUGCAAUGAUAAAAGGUAGUUAUAUGCCAUGCAAAUAGUGGCUUGUAUAGGGAAAGUUUCCUUGUACAAGCCAAAAUGUAAAUGUAAUUUACAAGUGCCUUCUAAUUGGCCAGGCUAAUUCGGGCAGUUCUAGUACUGUAUCGGCAAACUGAACAAUACGUAAGAGCCGAUUGGAUCCACUCAUUUUCUGUUUGAAACAAUUUUAUCCAUAAUCAAAUUUCUGAGUUAGUUUGCUAGCCCAAAGAAGCUCCUGAAUUAUUAAGUUGCGAUUAUUUUCAAGCAUUCCUCCAUCCCUCCCCUCCUUUUUAGAGUUUACAGAAGCCUGGAUUGAGUGCUCAUUGCUCAAUUAAUCGUAAUUUUAUACACCCGGAAAACCGGGUGAAACCUAGCGGAAGCAUCUUUUUUAACCAAAUUCAAAUAAAAGUUAACUUAAUCGGGGCUAUAGGUGAGUGAUACCGUAUUUACCGUAAGCAAGCGUGGUGUAGAACCAACCUUAAGCAAAUUGGAACAUUGUUUGCUUGUGGUUAACUUGUAAGUGUUGUCGCUCUUUCUUAGGUCCAUGAAUAGCUAGUGAUAUUAGCCUGCUAUCGUGGUGUUCAGUUUAUAUCAGAAAAUAAGGAAGUCGUUAUGCAUCACAAAACUUUCGUUUGGUUAAGGUUUAUGAAAAUAAUUACGAAGAAAAAAACGUCAAAUGACUUGCACAGUAGUAAUAGAUUCUGGAACUUGAACCAUUAUUAGAAAAGCGAAAUAAAGUUUUAUACCUGUCUUACCUUAGACAGCGUACUUUCACUGCUUGUUUUGAAAAUCGCCUAAUGCUAAUUCAUUGAGGCAACAAGAAAAGUAGCAAUAAAAAUCACCAGUUUCUUCGUGUUUAGCAAAGGGGGGAACUACGUGAGAAUUUUUGAACGCCUCUUUUUUUGAACAGUUAGCCUAUUGUUAUUUCGAUGAACUGAAAUAUAUUAUUAUAAUUUUGUCAAAAUUUAUGUAACGUAAUUGAGUACACACGUACCUUUGUUAUGGUUCGUUGUCAAAGUUAAACUGAAAUGUCACAUAUUCUCCAUACGAACAAAACGAUAGUAAUUAUGCUAAAUAAAAAUAUAUGAAAGCUUGGUUAAACCAAAGAGAAACCCUCUUCCUUCAAAACCACUUGCCAUAAGCAAGAAACCAAAAAAAUUGUCGUUGGAAAUAAGCAAAAUUAUAGAUAAAAAGUAGGUCAACUACUUAUUUUGAUAAACUCUUAAAUCCUUUCUCAAAGAGGUCUUUUAAAUGUAAUCAUUACCAAUCGUACUCCUCAAUUUAAGCUAUUUCACUUCAUUGUUUUUUUUUCUGUUUCAGACUAUGAGAUUCUCGAACGUCCAAGAGAAAGACUUCGAAGAAAUUCUGAUUCCAAUCUGUAUUACAAAGCAAGAGAAGUGGAGGUUGAACAAACUAAUAACCAACCAGAACGAGCUUCAGAGGGUGGAGCACCACUGGAUUUCGAGAAGCGUUUGUUCGUAGAGAAUUAUUUACAGAAUAUCCAUGAAACACACAGCAUGACGACAGAGACAAGUGACAGCGGAAUAAGAACACUUGGUACAACAUCUGAAAUAGAAAUGGAAGACAUAUCUGGUAAUUAUUUCAUUUUAGUCAUGGCAUGUCAGUCCCCAAAGUGUUUGGUAGAUAGCAGAGUGACAUUUCAGCAGGAUCGUAAAACACUGAGUUACUCCGCCAGUAUAUGUAACCUACAAGGGAACUUUUCUGAGGUUAGAGGUGGGAAGAACUUCAGGUCUCUUGAAAAGAUAUCUAGUUUACCAGAGAAUUGAACUGAAUGAGCGCUUUAGGAAUUAACGAUAUUCUGGAUCGAGAUUGGGUGUUACUAAACUGUGGAUCAGCAGACCGCGGAACCUCUGAACUCUAUAUUUUUAGUAAAAGAAUAGUAAUGAAACAAAAUAUGAAACUAUAAAACUUUUUCGGGUAUAAAGAAGAUUAGUUUCAAAGGAAAGUAUGUUUUAAAUGUCGUUGACGUCCAACUUUAACUGUGGCGACAUUCACCGUAAAAGGGUAUGUAAUGUCAUAAUGAGCAAUCAGCAGUCACCUACCCCGAGUGAGAGCUGGAAUUAGCGGCGUUAAAUUCCAUUCCUUGGACAUUGUACCUGGAAUGAGGAACAUGAGCGUAAAGAAACAUCAUCGCGUGUUUAUCGCGAAACUUAUUGUUUUCUGUGUGUAUUUCGUUUACGCGUGAAUUACCUGCGGGUGUUUUUUCGUUUCAUUAGUUGUAUCGUGUAUUUGUGGUUGAUGUUUGUACCGUUUGCGCGAUGUUAUGUAAUUAUGUUGAGUAAUUUGUCAGGUUUUGUUAAUAAAUUUAGUCCAGUGGAUCAAUUUUUAUGUCCACUUUUUAAGAAGCAGCGUCAUCGUUCGUUUCCUUGCAAAUCCUUAUAUUUCACCCAUUGCGCAACGUGAACAUGUUUGUAUAUUCACAGAGGCUCACUGUGUGAGCUUGGGUUUCCUGUGGUUGGACGUCAAGGAUUGAAAGUAACAAAAAAAGCCACAUUUCCCUUUUAACGCUAUGUUCUUUUUACCCGAAAACGAAAUUUCGAACAGUGUUUAGGUAUUUUUAGCUUUUAUUUUACUUUAUAAAAUAAUUCAAAUAGUACGCGCGCUUUGAUUGGCCAUGAAACCAUUUUACAUGAGCGUAUGUAAACACGGUUUUCGUUCCUCUUUCAUUAGUUAUUUUAUAAAAGAAAUGUAAAAUGGUUUCCGUGUUUACAUAGCCUGAUGUAAACACUUGGGAGAACGGGAAAACACGAGAUAAGCGUAGGAAACCACGACGCGAAGUGGAGUGGUUUCCAGCUUAUCCCGCGUGUUUACAUCAGGCUAUGUAAACACGGAAACCAUUUUACAUUUCUUCCAUAUUAUUACUUUUUUUCUUACAAAAAAUCUAAUGGUUCUGCUGGUUCCGCUGGUUCCGCUAGUUUUGCGGGUUCCGGAGGCUCCACGGUCUGCUGAUUUACAAUUUAAUAACACCCAUCGAGAUCUUGCUUAAUGAUUUUAAAGUAAAAAGCUGAUAUCAAUUGAGCACCAACACCUUUAUUUUAACAACAACCUAAAGUGGAGGAGAAUUACAUCAAUCAUUUUGUGUUGAGCUUUCACUUAGUUACUCUUUGCUAUGUUCGAUUUCGCGUAAGACUGAACAGUACUAUCCUCGAUAAAAAAUAAUGAUUAUGAUUAUAAUAAUAAUGAGAACCUUCCCCCUUUAUGUUUUGAAUUCUUUGUAUGUUGGUAUUCAUCUUUUUUCAGGCGACGACCACAAACUUUGUUGGAAAGAUCUCAGCAGCAAAGUAAUCAGAAAACUGGAGGGAAGACUGAAAAACGAUCAAACUGCUUUUAAACAAAUAUGUGAGUCAUUUGGAAUUAAGAGAUCACCGUUCUUCCCUCGGGCAAGAAUAUUUAGUGAACUUCUCAGUAUGUUUCCGGACACACCUGUUAAGCUAUUAAAAGAAGUCUUUGAAGCUCUACAGUUAUAUGACCUGAUUGACUUGCUUGAAAAAGGAAAACCACGAGCCACAGGAUCGCUGCGACGUGCUCUUCGUUUACAGGAAAUAGAGAAACUAAGGAAUCCUGAUGAUCGUCCCAUUUCUUAUCACAGCAGUGUUGCUGUUCUGAUUAUUGACUUUGAGGAGACUUUCGACACUGAGGGGAUUGAAAAGUUUUUUAAAGGUCUUAACACUAAGAGCAAGGUAACUGUGAUGCGCUGCAGAAACGUUUUUGAGGCAGUUUCGAUUUUCCCAUUGUCGCUGGAGAUGAUGGAGGAGAAAAUAACGAUAGAGAUGAACAAAUUGAGUCCGACCUAUUCAGAAGUCAUACAGAGUUGGAUAUCCAAUCAAGGUUGGUGAAAAUAUGUAAACGGAAAUUAACAAAAAAAGAACGCGGUCGUGGUGGUAUGUCUGCAUACCACGAAACAAACAUAACUUUAAUAGUUAAGCCAAAGCUAGAUCAUCGUGGUGAAUAAUUUAUUGGUGAUUUAUAACACUUGAGGGCGUGAGUAGAACAUUGUUAGUGCCAUAACCUUAGACGAGAACGGUAUUAUGGUUGCACUUUGCACCAUGAGAUCCUCGCCCAAAAGUUAAAAAGUUUCUUUGAGGAUUUAAGACCUAAUACUAUGGUCUAAGAAUCAAUAAAUCAAUAUAUCACCAGAAACAAGGGAACAUUUACCAUGCAGAACAGAAGUUCUUUCAGCACGCGAGAGAGGCGCGAGUCACGUACUCCUCCUCUUGCAUGCGGCUCACCAUACGUGCUCUCCUCGCUUUCACCUUGUGUUUGUCUCCGCCCGCAAAAAAAAAAAUUAAGAAUAACGCCUGCUCUUCAGGCGAGGGAACAACUAAUUUCCUAAUUCAUGUCGCACGUGGUUGGAAACAAAUCUGUGCUUGAUUCACUUUAAUUUAAUGGCAUCGACCGUAGUUAAAAUGAGUCAAGGCGCUUUUUUUCGAGCAAGCGAUCAUGAUAAAUACAGAGAGAUAAUUCCCAUUAAUAUAAAUCAACUUGUGGUCUUACAUCUGUUACUGAAUAUUUAAUCGUCAACUUUAAUUCGUAGUUGUAGUUUUAUAACGAGGAGACUUACAUUUUGCGUUCGUUUUAAAAUUUAUCCUCAGAUAAAUAUUCGUUAGUUGCUGUAUUUUUCAUCUUCAAUCGUCCCUAUAGUUGGUUCUCCCGAGCAAUAAAUUCAUAUAUUGAAUCUGUACAGAAGAGGUUGGUCACCGCAUUCCCCACAAAAGUGAAAUUGAUCAUCAAUUCGUCGUCCCAUCGGCUACAACCAUGGCGGCACAGAGAGCUUGUUGAGGUGUGUGUCUCUUUUCGUGGUGAUGUUUUUCUACCUUUGAUGCUGGAGAUUUUUAUCAAACGCUGGCAAACGAUGGACCUGAUAUCAAUGAUGAGAGAGAUGAAGAGGUCUUUGGCAGAAAAGUCUAUGGGGAGAGACAUUCUUUUUUCAAGAGAAUUUGAGGAGUUAAAUAUAAAUGAGAAUUUGUCGUGUCUUGUAAGGUUCAUAAUGCAUGAAGAGCCGACUAAUUAGUAAUAUUGCAGCAGGAAGCGAGGUGAACCGUUAAGGCUAACCGAAUUAGAUUAUACUCAGUUUUAACUGAAUUAAGCUAAAUACAGAGGCCACUUUUCAGACAUUUACGUUGUAAAAUUAGUCGUCUUUGAAAACGCUGUCCUGCCUCCUACUUGGACUAUUUUAUACGGGAAAUAUACGAUCGUCUGUGACCUAAGUGACCUAAACUCAAAUUUGAAGCGGCUCCGUUUUAGUUUGAUCGUCUCUAAUAAUGACGGCAUUUUGUCGAGCAGGCAGCUAUGCCAAAUUCUGAGAACUAAUUCCAAUUAACGUAGAUCAUCUUGGGAUACUACUUUUGUAUCAUUGUGUUUUCGUUUGGCUGGUACUAACUUUUACCUGAUAAGGAAGCUUACACUUUGCAUUGUUUGUAAAAUUCCUCAGAGAACUAUUCGACCCUUUGUUUUACAGAAGUGUUUUCUCAUUGAGAAUAGCGCAUGAUGUAUAAUAAGUAUGUUAACCAAUGCAAAUUAAACUUUUUAUGCUAUCACGUUCUCCGAAACUUUGAAGUUCAUUGUAUAUGUUUACCACUCCAAUUUUUUUUACGAAUUGUAUGGUUAACUUUUAGUGGAGAAGCAUUAUCCACUAUUAAUAAGAUUUUGGUAUAAGUAUAGCAAAUCGCACGUACGCGAGUGCAUAUCGUGACAAAUAGGCGCGAGUGAUUAUUUAGAAGUUUUCGUUAUCUCUCGAAUUUUUCGAGAGUGUAAUUUGAAAACCUCUCACAGCAUCACGAGGGACCAUAAAUCAUGAAAUGCACGAACAGAAACAAAUAAGAUCUGACAAAUACAUGAAAUGCACCAGAUCUGAUUUAAUUCACUUUUCUUUACUCCUUAAAUGACAGCUGCGGGAAAAAAAACCUCUUUUUGAAAUUAUUACAACUCUGGUGUAUGAACGGCUGAAAGCAAACGGAGAGAAAUAUAAUUUCUUGCCUUUUGACAUUUUCUGCAAAAUUUACGCUUAACUUCGCUAACAGCAAAAAGCGUGAUCUCCCUCUUAACCAUAUAGUAUCUAAAAGAUCGGUGUUAGGGGCGGAGAAAGUUAAUGAAACACAAUACCAUAAGCGACAAUAGAAUCUCUAAUUUCAAUAGUGUAAAUAGUACAGUGUUUUAAGGAUAACGGCAGUCAUCCUUAGCUAUAGCUUAGCUGUUAUUGGUUCCCAUAGUAUUUUUAACUUUUGUCACAGAAGUGUUUUCUCCUCAGUUGAGAAUAGCCCGUGAUAUCUAAUAAUAUGGGAAUAAACGAGUAACUUACAUUCACUCGUUUAUGCAAUUAUGGUUUGUGAAUUUAAUGCAACCUGUGUUCUAUUCUUUGGAAUAUUACAGGCUCUUGGAUGAAAUAAGUGUGUUUAGUUCAAGUUUUUCAUGGAUUACUUAAGUACACGCUUAACUCUUAUUUAAUUUUUACAAUUCCUUAAUGGCAGCAUACAUUCCAACUGUAAAAGGACGUAAGACAAUGGGUUUGUGUUUUCGCCCAAAACCAGCUCGAGAACAACAGGUGCUUGUGCUUAAAACCACUUUAAGUGAUGUUUUACCAGGGUGUGAAAACUUGUGUACUCAUUCAAAAGUGUGCAGCUCAAAUGAAAAAAGCAAACGAGACUACGAAAGGUAAUUUUAAAUGUGGUGAACACAGCCUGAAUUUGUUGAAAUGAUAGUUGGAAGUCAUGGGUACUUAAUGUACUAGGUAGGUCCACCAAACUGGUCAAUUCUAGUGAAAAAUAUUUGAUGAUUACACAAACAAACAUUGUCUUCUAGAGAAGGGAUCAUAAUACUUUUUUCUUGCGCG